GCACUGUCGGUGGGGCUCACCAUGAGGCGCCUGGGCUCAGUGCAGCGGAAAAUGCCUUGUGUGUUUGUGACGGAGGUGAAGGAGGAACCGUCUGCCAAGAGGGAGCAUCAGCCAUUUAAAGUUUUGGCAACUGAAACUCUAAGUCACAAGGCAUUAGCUGCAGAUAUAUACAAUGCAGUUCCAACAGAAAAAGUGGAUGGGACAUGUUGCUAUGUUACUACCUACAAAGGUCAGCCGUACCUUUGGGCUCGACUAGAUAGAAAACCCAACAAACAAGCUGACAAAAGAUUUAAAAAUUUUCUUCAUUCAAAAGAAAACUCAAAAGAAUUUUUUUGGAAUGUCGAAGAGGACUUCAAACCUGUUCCAGAGUAUUGGAUGCCAGCUAAGGAAAUAGAACAAUUAAAUGGGAAUCCAGUGCCUGAUGAAAAUGGACACAUUCCUGGUUGGGUACCAGUAGAGAAAAACAACAAACAGUAUUGCUGGCAUUCCUCUGUAGUUAAUUAUGAAUUUGAAAUUGCCUUGGUACUAAAGCAUCAUCCUGACGAUUCUGGACUAUUGGAAAUCAGUGCAGUGCCACUAUCAGAUCUCUUAGAACAAACACUGGAGCUUGUAGGAACAAAUAUCAAUGGAAACCCAUACGGAUUAGGAAGCAAGAAGCAUCCAUUACAUCUUCUUAUACCACACGGAGCAUUUCAAAUAAGAAAUCUACCUCCAUUGAAGCACAAUGAUCUCUUGUCCUGGUUUGAAGGUUGUAGAGAGGGGAAAAUCGAAGGAAUAGUUUGGCAUUGCAGUGAUGGCUGUUUAAUUAAGGUCCAUCGGCAUCAUCUUGGUUUAUGCUGGCCAAUUUCAGAUACUUACAUGAAUUCAAAGCCAGUUAUUAUCAACAUGAACCUGAACAAAUAUGAUUAUACCUUUGAUACUAAGUGUCUAUUUUAUCAUUUUUCAAAAAUAGAUAAUCAGAAAUUUGGUAGGCUAAAAGAUAUAAUGCUGGAUGUAUAAAGUGGAAAUGCAAUUAAAAUUAGCUUUGUUAUUGUUAUAUUUGAAUCUCAAAUAUCCUGCAAUGUUUAAAAAGGUAAAAAUAUCUCAAGUUGUUCAUUGUAAAACAUAUCAAUGUAUCUAAUAGCAUUUCAAGAAAUUAAUUUGUCAGUUGCAAAUAGCUACUCAUAGUUUUAUUUUCAGCAAAUUAAUUUUAACCACUGGACAUACAAAUGUAAGCAACAGUAAGCUCCUAAGCUUGUACAAAGGUUGGAUUCUGUCCAUUAUAACUAGAUGGUAAUUUAAAAAGAACAAUUAAACUAACAAUUUUUUCAAAAUUAAAUAGUUCAAGCUUAAUUUAAUUUUAAGCAAAAUAUGUGGCUUAAUCUCAACCUGUAUAUAUAAAUAAGAUUUGAGAAUCUUAAAAUGUAUAUAAAUAAGUAUACGAGUACAUAUAAAACAACUUUAAAUAUUAAAAUUGUUAAAGUUUACUCUCACACUAUUUAAAAAACUGAAAACAUGAAUGUAGAGAUAUUCACCAUUACUUGUUUAUUUGGUGGCCACAACUUAUUUUAAAAGUCUUCAAAAAUAUAUAUUUCUAAUAAUUUAAAACUUUCAUAUCAUUUUAUUUAAUGAAAAUUCUAAUUUAGGUAAAGGUACAAGAUACUCA